AUGUCUAAAAAAUGUCUAUCUAGUUUAGCUCGGCGAGGCAAUGGCAACGCAGCGUCCGCUAUCCAGUGGCCUCCACGACGCGCUCGCUCUCACCACAGCUCCUCCUCCACCACGCCUGGCCAUGCUCGCUCCGCCCAACUCGCAGAUGCUCACCUCCUCGCUCCCGCCUCCCACCCUCCCGGCCCCAGGCUCCAAGCCUGCCACCAAGCCCAAACCCGCCUGUCCGCGCUCAUCCGCUCCCUCUGCGCCGCCGGCCGCACCGCCGACGCCGCGCGCGCGCUGGACACGGCCGGCGACGCGGCCGGCAUCGUCGCCUACAACGCCAUGGUCGCCGGGUACUGCCGCGCCGGCCAGGUCGCCGCCGCGCGCCGCCUCGCGGCCGCCGUCCCGGUCCCGCCCAACGCCUACACCUACUUCCCCAUCGUGCGCGGCCUCUGCGCGCGGGGACUGAUCGCCGACGCCCUCACGGUGCUCGACGAAAUGUCCCUCAGGGGCUGCGCGGCCACCCCGCCCAUGUCCCACGUCAUCCUGGAGGCCGCGUGCAGGGGCGGCGGGUUCAGGAGCGCCGUGAGGGCUCUCGAGGCGCUGCAUGCCAGGGGCUGCACGCUGGACUCCGGCAACUGCAACCUGGUCGUCAGCGCCAUCUGCGAGCAAGGGUGCGUGGACGAGGGAGUGGAGCUGCUGAGGAAGCUGCCCUCCUUUGGCUGCGAGCCGGACAUUGUUAGCUAUAACGCGGUGCUCAAGGGCCUGUGUAUGGCCAAGAGAUGGGAGGACGUGGAGGAGCUCAUGCACGAGAUGGUUAGGGUGGAUUGCCCGCCCAAUGUCGCCACUUUCAAUACCCUCAUUGCUUAUUUGUGCAGGAACGGGUUGUAUGAGCAGGUGCAUGAGGCCCUUUCGCAGAUGUCACAGCAUGGGUGCACACCGGACUUAAGGAUGUACGCGACCAUCAUCGACGGGAUUUGCAAGGACGGGCAUCACGAGGUUGCAAACGAUAUUUUGAGCAGGAUGCCUUCUUAUGGUCUCAAGCCCAAUGUUGUCUGCUACAACACUGUCUUGAAGGGUCUAUGCAGUGCUGAGCGGUGGGAGGAAGCUGAGGACUUGCUUGCUGAGAUGUUUCAGAAGGAUUGCCCCCUUGAUGACGUGACAUUCAAUAUACUCGUCGAUUUCUUCUGCCAAAAUGGGUUGGUCGACAGGGUAAUUGAACUUCUUGAGCAGAUGUUGGAGUACGGUUGCAUGCCGGAUGUCAUCACAUACACUACGGUAAUCAAUGGCUUUUGCAAAGAAGGGCUUGUUGACGAAGCUGUCAUGCUUUUAAAAAGUAUGUCAACCUGUGGAUGCAAGCCGAAUACCAUAAGCUAUACUAUUGUGUUGAAAGGUUUGUGCAGAGCCGAGCGGUGGGUAGAUGCCGAGGAGCUCAUCUCGCAUAUGAUUCAACAAGGCUGUCUUCCGAAUCCUGUUACAUUCAACACGCUCAUCAAUUUUCUGUGCAAAAAGGGAUUGGUGGAGCAGGCAAUUGAACUUCUUAAGCAGAUGUUAGUGAAUGGGUGCAGUCCUGACCUUAUUAGCUACAGCACAGUGAUUGAUGGACUUGGUAAAGCUGGUAAGACGGAGGAAGCAUUGGAGCUGCUAAAUGUUAUGAUCAGCAAAGGGAUCACCCCAAAUGCGAUAAUUUAUUCAUCAAUGGCAUCUGCUCUGUCUAGAGAAGGUAGAACCGACAAGGUUAUUCAGAUGUUUGACAGGAUCCAAGAUGCCACAGUGAGGUCUGAUGCAGUGCUUUACAAUGCUGUCAUUUCUUCGCUUUGCAAAAGAUGGGAAACUGAUCGUGCCAUUGAUUUUUUUGCCUACAUGGUGUCAAGUGGGUGCAUGCCCAACGAAUCAACCUACACUAUACUUCUUAGAGGUUUAGCUAGUGAAGGAUUGGUAAGGGAGGCACAAGAUUUGUUGAGUGAACUGUGCUCAAGAAGAGCUGUAAGAAAGCACUUGGUGAGACAUUUUGGUAUUGUUUGA